AUGCGUCUGCUAAACACGAGAACAGGCGACUUCCAGUGGAUCGAGAACCCGGAGCAGAUCUCGUACGCAAUCCUCUCGCACACCUGGUCGCCCAACGGUGAACAAACAUACGCAGAGCUCCUCGCUAUCCAAGCUGAAGUCCGCUCCGCGCGGGAGAGCUGCGCGCCCUGCCCCAAGAUCAGGUACGCAUGCACGUACGCCCUCUCACAAGGCAUGGAACGCCUCUGGAUCGACUCCGCCUGCAUCGACAAGACGAACAGCGUCGAGCUCUCUGAGGCGAUCAAUUCCAUGUACAAGUGGUACGGCUACGCCGCUAUCUGCUACGCUUUCCUGGAGGACGUCAAUGCCAAUGACGACCCGCUUGCGCCCGAUUCGCAAUUUCGUUCCAGUCGGUGGUUCACGCGCGGCUGGACUUUACAGGAACUCAUCGCACCCAGGGCGAUGUUGUUUUGCUCGGCGCAAUGGGAGAUGAUUGGCGGCAAGGACAGCUUGGCGGAGCUCAUCGAGGACAUCACGGGAAUAGACGCAACCAUCCUCGUCCACGCGCAACCUCUCGCGUCUAUCAGCGUCGCCCGCCGCAUGUUCUGGGCGUCGAAGCGCGUCACCACGCGCAAGGAGGACGAGGCGUACUCCCUCAUGGGCAUCUUUGGUGUCAACAUGGCGACCAUCUAUGGCGAAGGACGGCUCGCCUUCGUGCGUUUGCAGGAGGAAAUUCUUAAGGAGAUUCCUGACCAGAGUCUCUUUGCCUGGGAGAACAGCGGCGGGGUUUGGAUUACCGACUUCGAUCAGGAGGAGAGUGGGCAUCCGCGAACGCUGUUAGCAGCCUCCCCGGCGGAUUUCGCGUGUUCG